GCCCUCGGGCACAAGGCCCCGCCCCUUCCCCUUCGCCCCGCCCCCAAGGGUAUAUAAGGCCCCGCCCGGGGGCAGCACAAAGUUCUUCUCACUGGAGACUCCCUAAAGGGUCGGAUAGUGAGAGACGCCGCUGCCCCGCUACCGUCAUGCGUGAGUGCAUCUCUAUCCACGUCGGCCAGGCUGGUGUCCAGAUCGGCAAUGCCUGCUGGGAGCUCUACUGCCUGGAACAUGGGAUCCAGCCUGAUGGCCAGAUGCCCAGUGACAAGACCAUCGGUGGAGGAGACGACUCCUUCAACACCUUCUUCAGUGAGACGGGCGCUGGGAAGCACGUCCCCAGAGCCGUCUUUGUGGACUUGGAGCCAACGGUCAUAGAUGAAGUGCGCACUGGGACCUACCGCCAGCUCUUCCAUCCCGAGCAGCUCAUCACCGGCAAGGAAGAUGCUGCCAACAACUAUGCCCGUGGGCACUACACCAUUGGGAAAGAAAUCAUCGACCUGGUUCUGGACAGGAUCCGCAAGCUGGCCGACCAGUGCACAGGUCUCCAGGGCUUCCUGGUCUUCCACAGCUUUGGAGGUGGCACUGGUUCUGGGUUCACCUCCCUGCUGAUGGAGCGUCUGUCCGUUGACUAUGGCAAGAAGUCGAAGCUGGAGUUCUCCAUCUACCCUGCUCCUCAGGUCUCCACCGCAGUGGUGGAGCCCUACAACUCCAUCCUGACCACCCACACCACCCUGGAGCACUCGGACUGUGCCUUCAUGGUAGACAACGAGGCCAUCUAUGACAUCUGCCGCAGGAACCUGGACAUCGAGCGUCCCACUUACACCAACCUCAACCGCCUUAUUAGCCAGAUCGUGUCCUCCAUCACCGCCUCCCUCCGAUUUGAUGGUGCCCUGAAUGUAGAUCUGACCGAGUUCCAGACCAACUUGGUGCCCUAUCCCCGUAUCCAUUUCCCUCUGGCCACCUAUGCCCCCGUCAUCUCUGCUGAGAAAGCUUACCAUGAGCAGCUGACUGUAGCAGAGAUCACAAACGCUUGCUUUGAGCCAGCCAACCAGAUGGUGAAAUGUGACCCUCGCCACGGGAAAUACAUGGCCUGCUGCCUGUUGUACCGUGGGGACGUGGUUCCCAAAGACGUCAAUGCUGCUAUUGCCACCAUCAAAACCAAGCGCAGCAUCCAGUUUGUGGACUGGUGCCCAACUGGCUUCAAGGUUGGUAUCAACUACCAGCCUCCCACUGUGGUUCCUGGCGGCGACCUGGCCAAGGUGCAGCGGGCCGUGUGCAUGCUGAGCAAUACCACAGCUGUGGCUGAGGCCUGGGCUCGUCUGGACCACAAGUUUGACCUGAUGUAUGCCAAGCGUGCCUUUGUUCACUGGUACGUAGGGGAGGGGAUGGAGGAAGGCGAGUUCUCGGAGGCGCGGGAGGACAUGGCUGCCCUAGAGAAGGAUUACGAAGAGGUGGGGGCAGAUAGUGUUGAGGGUGAGGACGAAGGAGAAGAGUAUUAACGUGUCUCGUCUCGUCCCUAUGCUGUCACUUCAGUUCUGUUUUCCCUGUUCCUGUAAAACUCUCCACUGUGUCCUGUAGUCAUUAAAAGUGCUCUUCCUAC